AUGAGAUGGGUUAUGAAUGCUGAGUACUAUAGCCAGCGGGCUACACCGGGCGGCCUUAUAAUCACUGAGGGAACACAUCUCUCUGUCAGGGCCGGCAAUUUUCAUAAUGUCCCAGGAAUCUACACACCUGAGCAAAUUGCUGGCUGGCGUCUGGUAGUUGACGCUGUUCAUGCCAAGGGCGCACACAUAUUCUGCCAAUUAUGGCAUACGGGUCGAGUCGCAGUCUCUAUUCAGAUGAAUGGACUUCCUCCUCUGAGCGCCUCGGCCACAAAACUUGACUUUACCAAUGCCUUUACCUCUGUCGGAAGGGUUCCGAACGAGAUGGCGAAGGAGAUGACCAUUAAGGACAUAGAGACCACAAUCAAAGAUUAUGUCCAUGCCGCAAAAUGCGCGAUGGAGGCAGGAUUUGAUGGCGUUGAGGUCUUAGCGGGAAACGGUUAUCUUCCUGACCAGUUCAUUAACUCCCGAACCAAUUUGCGGACCGAUGCCUAUGGAGGGUCCCUCAUCAACCGCGCUCGCUUCCCGCUCCAGGUUGUUGACGCCGUAGCUACUGCUGUUGGCGCCAACAAGACAGGGAUUCGCCUGUCCCCUUGGGGAACAGUCCAAAUGCCUCUGGACGCUGAUCCGGCAGCGACAUUUACCUACAUGUGUCACGAACUGGAUAAGCGCGGGCUAGCCUACUAG